AUUCAGGGUUCGCGAUAACUUGGAGCGUGGGCGACAAUACGGACGCCACUUUUCUUUAUUUGUCCCCGUACCUAAUGUAAUAUACCAUGUACUUCGCAUAUAACACAUGCCCUCUCGACCAUCUUAAUGGAAAUAAUAUAACAUAAAGUAUAUGUAUGUAUGUAUGUAUUAAUAAAUAUAAAUGGUGAAAACAUUAGUGUUUUGUGAACAUGCUAUAUCGUUUAUCAGUUAUAACUUUGGUGUUCGAAUGAAGUGCUUCAAGUGUGGAAGCUUCAAGAGCCGAGUGCUAAUAUCGCGUUAUCUAAUGAUGAUUGGUGUCUAACAUCAGAUCGGUAUGUCGUUAUGUAGGCGGCGGUAGUGGCUACACGUGAAUGGAUGGGCAAUGGAUCGAUAGAGCGGAGUGCGCAGGCCCGCUUCCAAGUUUCACAGCUGGUAGCUUCUUUCGCGUCCGCCAACAAAACGCCUCAACCUGUGUCUCAGUGCCUAUUGUGAGGGACCUAAGUGCUCAGCAUUGUCACGGAUAUGCUCAGAAAUUAACGGCAGCUAUAAACGAUGUGAUGUGCCGCCUUUCUCGGCGGCAGGCUUUGUGGGCGCUGGCGCUGCUCUGCACGCUGGCGCCCUCGCACGCCGAUGGGAACAUAGGUUGCUUAUUCAGCGCAUCUUUAUGUGUAGAGGGAGUUGAAUGGUGCUACGAUGAUUUUGCUUUCGGGAAGUGCAUUCUUAUUUACGACGAAGAACCAGAAGACGGCUCUCUCUACAAAUACGAUCUGAACUCGGAGCAACUACAAUGGUUCGAGGGGGAGCUGCAGCGGCUGGCGGCGCGCGGCUACCGCUGGGAGCACGCCUAUACCCAGUGUGUGCUCCAGGCCAUGCUGUAUACGCUGCGACAAGACAUGGAUCCAGCUGAAGUUAACACAAAAUUAUGUGAACAGUUUGUAGACCCUAAACUAAACUCCGGUCAAUUUGAAGAAGGAGACGAUAAUGUAGAAGAAAUUGAACCUGAUGAAACGGCUUUUGUUCGUUUCACACCGAAUUCAGCGCUAACUGACUCAGACUUUGCAAAUGAAAUUUACAAUCCACCAUUUAAUGAUGAUGAUGAACUAACUCCUUAUAUAAUCGCCAAAGACGAUGAUGACUUACCAUCUACUGAUGGUGAAACCCCGAGCGACAAAUUACGAGACUUGAUGAUGAUGAGUACUAAUGAAGAUUCACCAGUUAUUCUCCCGUUCGAAGGAUUUCGAGAACGUAUUCAAGCCGAAAAGGCGAGAACUCGAGACCUUGAUGAUGUUCCAAAUGUAGUCAUUGACAAAGAAAAGAAAUCUCUCCCUGAAGAUACAGGAAAGCAACAUGAACCUAAUGCAUAUGCAGAUGAAGAACGUUUAGGUGUACAUUUUCGGAAGUACAAAACUAAACCUCCACCUUACACAGCUGAAUAUAUAACAGAAAAUAGAUUUUCCCCUCUCGACGCAGAGGUUCGAUCAAAUGCGUUAGAAAAAUACAAACAAAGCUUUGCAGAGAAAAAUUUUCCAUUUGAAUACGAAAACAGUGAUAUUCCAGAACAAAGAAUUUAUAUAGAUGAAGAUGGACUAGAAGAAAUACCGUUCGAUACAGGCAGUGGAGAAUCGGAUCCUUAUCAUUUAAAAGAUCCAAAUUCUUUGGACCCUAAACCAUCAAAAAACAUGGAAUAUUUAAUGAACUAUUGGCGAGAAAUAGUCGAUUCAAAACUAAAACCUCAAGGAGCUUUGUAUGCAGAAGGAGGUCCAUUGAAAGCUGAUGAUUUACAGGGCCCUUUAACCAUGAGAAGUUCAACCUUGAAGAGAUUCUCACACCGGAGUGAAGGUGUUACAAAUACGGACGAUGUUUCAGGUGAAAAUUCCAAAUUUUAUCCCGAAGAAUUUCAAGAUUUGCUUAAUAACGAAUGGGGCUUUAAACGUAGGGAAAGAGAUGAUGUUAAAAAGCCCGGGCCGCGUCUGGACGCAAAAACAUUAAAGAUUUUAUACCACAAUAAGUCAGUGACAGCUCAUGGAUCUGAUAAUGCACAAAAACCAGGAAAUAGUGGCGAUCAUGAUCACAAUGAUUACGACUAUGACCCAUCUUACGCUUAUGUGCUUUUUAAAAAUAGAUUUCUUACUAACUGGGAAAAAGGCAUCUCAUUCAUAGCACGACUUGAAGAGAUGCUUGGUUUAGAAAAACAUACUUUUACGAAUCCUCGGGUUGAUCUUGGAGAGGUGACAUUUAAAGUGGAAAAGAAUAGCAAAGGAUAUAACGCAGAAGACGUUGCUCGCCGUGUCGAUGACAUUAAAGAAGAACUACGUCGUGAAACUGGUGCUCAAGUUCUUUCCACCGGCGUCGGAGACCGAAGCAAACGUCCCGUUAUUCGGCACAUGGAAACACCAGAAACUCUCUUCUUAGGCAUCGACCUACCAUUGUUAUUAGCCCUCGUUGGAAGCCUAUCUGUUCUCAUUGUGGCGGCCAUCGUAUUCACUGUCAUGCUGAAGUAUGAUUUUAAAGCUAAAAGAAAGAUGCAGGGACUCUCCGGUGCAGCGGAAAUAGAUGCUGAAGCAACCAGGGAUUAUCAGGAACUCUGCCGCGCGCGCAUGUCUGGCAAGUGGUCAGGACAACAGACCACCGCCGCUCCCCCGAACCCUACAGAGGUGCCGCAACGCAUCACCUCAUUGUCCCGUGAACCUGAUGGAAACUCGCCCUCUACACGCUCCAGCACAUCUUCCUGGAGCGAAGAACCUGCCCUGACUAAUAUGGAUAUAUCCACUGGACACAUGGUUUUGGCAUACAUGGAAGAUCACCUGCGUAACAAAGACCGUCUUGAACAAGAGUGGCGGGCUCUAUGUGCUUACGAAGCCGAACCAUGUGCUACUACCGCCGCCUUGAAACCAGAGAACACGGGCAAGAACCGGUAUGCGGAUGUGCUGCCCUAUGACCACUCCAGGGUGACCCUCAACACGUUGUCCAACCACCUCGGAUCUGACUACAUCAAUGCCUCAACCAUUACGGACCACGACCCAAGGAACCCUGCAUACAUAGCAGCUGCGGGUCCGCUGGCGCACACCGCACCCGACUUCUGGCAGAUGGUGUGGGAACAAGGUAGCGUGGUGAUGGUGAUGCUCACGCGUCUCACUGAAAACGGUCAACAGCUCUGCCAUCGGUAUUGGCCGGAGGAAGGCUCCGAACUCUAUCACAUAUAUGAGGUACACUUGGUGAGCGAGCACAUCUGGUGCGACGACUACCUGGUCCGCAGCUUCUACCUGAAGAACCAACGAACUGGCGAGACCCGCACCGUCACACAGUUCCACUUUUUGUCCUGGCCUGAGAACGGUGUACCUGCUUCUACAAAAGCUCUGCUGGAAUUUAGGAGGAAAGUGAAUAAGUCGUACAGAGGAAGAUCCUGUCCGAUUGUGGUUCACUGCAGUGAUGGCGCCGGUCGUUCUGGAACCUACUGCCUAAUCGACAUGGUCCUGAAUCGUAUGGCGAAAGGAGCAAAGGAGAUCGACAUCGCGGCCACCCUCGAGCACAUCAGAGACCAGCGACCCCGCACCGUGGCCACCAAACAACAAUUCGAAUUCGUCCUAAUGGCUGUAGCUGAAGAGGUUCACGCUAUUCUGAAAGCUCUACCAGCCCACUUGCAACAGCUCCAAGAAAAGAAGGACAAAGAAAAAGAAAAGGAAAAAGACGGCAACAACAAGGAAAAACCGAAUAAUUAAAUUUGCACCGCUUGUACUAGCAAAAACAAAUCAAUUUGCAUGAAUUCUGAUGACUUACGGAUUCCUCGAUGUCUGUGUAACUGCGUAUCGGGUUGAGAAUUUCGCUUUAUUGUGUUAAUAUAUUAAAGUAACACUUAUUGAAUAUAGCUUACUUUAAUUAAACAUUAAGCGAUUCUCAACCUUGACAAUUUUAUAAAUGUUUUUAUUUUAAAUUUUAGCUAUAAAUGUAUAACGUAUUUAUUUUCCACACGCAAUAUUUUAUAGCGGUCUGUAAAGAAUCGUAUGAGACUGUGGGUAUCGUAUUAUAGCGCACGUCAAAUGUGUGAAAUGUAUUUCAUGGACUAUGUAAAUUUUUACUAUCUCUAUGAAUUUAAGAAUAACUACAUCGCAUAGAAAGUUUACAUUUGAUUUGAGUACUAUAACGAUAAAAGUUAUGUAGUUUUAUAAUACAUGGUCUAUAAUAUCACACUAGACAAAAAUAUACUAUUAGCGCAGUCACGCUAUUCAUUCGUUGCAUUAAAUCAAAACAUUUAUUUUUCUACACAGCUUUUUAAUGGUAGAUUAUUUAGAGAUAAUAAAGUCAACUGCAACCUGCGCCUUCUGUUUCUAAAUUAAAAAAAUAUAAAAUAUCUUUUCGUAAUUCUUUGAGACAUUAUAUUACAACGUAUAUAAAUCGAUUUAUUUAUUUACAAAAAUAAAAUACACAAAACUACUGUAAAUUUGCCUAUUUUAAACUGAAUAUCUAUAAGUAAAUAUAAUUAUAUCACGGUCAAUUUUCGAGGUGUCUAAAUAAUUUAUGUUGCAUUUUAUUUAGGUAUUACAAACUGAAAUAUUUCGUCCGUGUUAAAAUUAUAUCUCUGGAUAGGUACAUUUGAGAAAAAGUUUUUUAAACAGUUGGUUUAAGCGUGUUAAAAAAUUGUCGAUAAAUUUUAAAUUUAUAAAAUAUACUGCAGAGAUGCAGGCAACAUUUUACGAAAUGAAAUUUUUAUGAAAAAAAAAUUAAAUUGUUAAAAACAAAAUACAGAAUAUAAAAACCCAUUUAAAUAUCUAUUGAAAAAUAAAAAAAUAUAUAUAUUUAUUUACGCUAAAUAUUUUUUCUUUUGCAUAGAUAGGUACUACUAAACGUUGUAAGAAUAUCUUUUGAUGCAUUUUAUUUAUUACGUAUAUUUAUAGAUCCCAAAAUGUUAAUGUAAGUUUAAUUAAUCGUAUGUAACUUAGUCUAUCUUGCGUUUAUAUAUUACCUGUAAAUGAGUAAUUUCUAGAUAUUUAAAUGAAAUGUUACAUUUAUAUAUUAAUGUGGUUAUAUCAACUGGCCUUUGUCUUUAAAAGCGAUACGACCAAAGAUAGCUACUUACUCAUUACUAUUUCGAAAAAAAAACGAACAUAUGCGUAGGUACCUAUAUAUUUAUUAGAUUUGUUAUCGUGCAUAAAAUGCGUAGGUAUACCUAUCUGUAAGUAAAUGAUCUAGUCAAUACUAUAUUAGUUUUUACCUUUGAUUUUUAUCUUUUGUUAAGCGUGUACCUGCACAGGUAGCAUCAACAUGUAUUUUAUACAUCAAACAUUGUACGUACCUAUCAUCUAAAGGUGCAUGAAUUUCGUGCUUACCUACCUACUUCGUGUACCUUACAUAAAAAAUUUACAUAUGUCUUUACCCAGUCAUAUCCUGAGUAAACGGAAUACCUGAUAAAUUAAUAAUCAGUAUAAAUAGAACGAAACAAAUAUUUACAUAAACUAGUAAAAAACAAUAGACUUACAUAAUGAAUAUUGAAAUUUGUAUAAGAUUAUAUUUAUUGCAUAUUAAGGGAAAAUGUAAAAAAAAAAAUUAAUUACCCAGGAAAUUAUGAAUGUAGUUUAGAAUUAAGAGAAAUAUAUUUAACCGUAUUUCUGUAUGAAA